AUGUCGAUCCGUUUGGGCUCAACCCUCGUAGCUGCUUCAGUCAAUUUCAGAAACUCGAAGAAUCUGUACAUUAAUCGAUCCCGGAACUGCAGAUUCUCCGUCCGGAGUUGCGUGUCUGAAUCUCACAAGGUUUCUUGUAAUAUGCCUUUCUGCUUUUGUGCGUUGUCUGAUUAUAUCCGAAGCAAUACAUCCUCUGUUUUCUAUUGUUUUUAUGCAAUGAAAAUGUGGGUUGUUCAACUUGUGGUGCAGCUAGUUCUGGAAGUAAAAGAGCGGCUUGCAAAAGAUUGUACGAGUCUCCCGAUUGGCAAAAACGGAAGAGAUGAUGAGGAAAUGAUCCUCUGGUUCUUGAAAGACCGGAGAUUCUCAGUUGAUGAAGCUAUUGGAAAGCUAACUAAAGCUAUCAAAUGGCGUCAUGAGUUCAAAGUAAACGAACUAUCUGAAGAUUCUGUCAAAGCCGCUGCUGAGACAGGGAAAGCCUAUGUCCAUGGUUUUCUUGAUGUCAAAGGUCGACCAGUAGUUAUUGUAGCUCCCGCAAAGCACAUCCCCGGGGCAAGUUACGCACCAUUGAUUUGUGAAAUUUAUGGCGUUUUGCAGCUGCUUGAUCCAAUAGAAGAUGAAAAGCUUUGUGUCUUCUUGCUUGAAAAGGCUUUAAGUAAGCUACCUGCAGGACAACACAAGAUACUUGGGAUAUUUGAUCUUCGUGGAUUCGGAUCUAAGAACGCAGAUCUCAAGUUCUUGACUUUUCUGUUUGACGUGUUUUACUAUUACUAUCCAAGCCGAUUGGAUGAAGUCCUUUUCGUAGAUGCUCCAUUCAUUUUCCAGCCGAUUUGGCAAUUCACUAAACCGGUGGUGAAGUCAUAUGCCUCUCUGGUCAAGUUUUGUUCGACAGAGACGGUGAGAAAGGAGUACUUCACUGAGGAAACAUUACCACCAGAUUUCAUAAGCUAA